CCUCACCCUCCAUGAUGGUUUCUCGGAUCCUCGGUGCUGGCGGUCGGGUUCCGGGUCGUUGACGCCGCAAGAUUUCACCGCAGAGACAAUCAGAGAUCAGCUGAGCCGCUCGGCCUCCCCGGUCACCGUGGUCCUGGAUUCUCUCAGCUGGAUCCUCGCCCGAUGUCCCCUCCCCUCCGUCUGCCACACCCUCCGAGACCUGACCCGCCCCCAGCAAGACUCUCUGCUCCUCCCCCUGGUAGGGUCACAUGACGUGCACUUCCUGUCAUUGCUGCACGUAGAUGUACAUGAUCCCGGCGUGGUGAGAUGUGUGCGGACCGUCUGUGACUCCGUCAUCGAUGUGACCGAGGGAGGAGAGCGGCUCGGGGUCACCGUCACACAGCGCAACAGAUCCGGCAAAGUGAUCACCAGUAGAGAAAACAUCAGAAUUUUUGAGGAUUUCUCUUUAGAGACGACAACAGAGAACCAACCAGAGUCACAGAGAACCGAGGAUCUUCUCCUCUUCUGUAGGAUCUUCUCCUCUUCUGUGGGAUCUUCCCCUCUUCUGUGGGAUCUUCUCCUCUUCUGUGGGAUCUUCUCCUCUUCUGUAGGAUCUUCUCCUCUUCUGUGGGAUCUUCCCCUCUUCUGUGGGAUCUCCCCCUCUUCUGUGGGAUCUCCCCCUCUUCUGUGGGAUCUCCCCCUCUUCUGUGGGAUCUUCUCCUCUUCUGUGGGAUCUUCUCCUCUUCUGAAGUCGUCUCUUCUCCAAAGUUCCGGCAGCUCGGGCAAAAUCUUCUAUGACCCGGACCCCGGUGAUGACCUGGAUGAGGAAGAUCCAGAUGAUGACUUGGAUGUCUGUUACAGGAAGUCGUCUCUUCUCCAAAGUUCCGGCAGCUCGGGCAAAAUCUUCUAUGACCCGGACCCCGGUGAUGACCUGGAUGAGGAAGAUCCAGAUGAUGACUUGGAUGUGUAA